UACCAAGAAUCCCUCCCGUACCAAGCCAUGCAUCCAGCCGCCAUAUCCUUGCAUCUGGUUAGUGGCUCAUUAUUUGGCGCGAACAAAAUCCCUGUAGACCCAGUAUUUUUUAUUCAGUCUCGGCCCAUCUGUCGAGUGAUUUCAGCUUGCUAUAUUGGCAGUCAACUAUGCGGCCACCCUGGGUUUGUACAUGGCGGCCUGUUGUCUUUACUAUUUGAUGAUGUUUUCGCCCGUUGCGCCUCCAUCGCAUUUGACAGUGGAGUGGGUAUGACGGCGAAUCUGAAGAUAGAUUUUCGCAAGCCAUCGAUUCCGGAUCGUCUGUAUGUAUACCGUGCCGAGGUAGUCGAGACUGAGGGCCGGAAGAUGAGGAUGGUUGGCCAGAUGCGGUCUUUGAAAUCAUUUAGACCCGAGGAAAUGAUCAAGCGUGCUGUUGCUACUCAUGAGGGUGUGGGUAUAGAGGAGGAAGAAGGUGAAUUGGUUGCGGAGGCCAGCGCGCUGUUUGUUGAGCCCAAGUCAACACAGUCGAUGGUGGCUUUGUAUCCAAAAUGAUGCAAAGUAUGGUAUCAAAUAGAACAGCUCCAAAUGGGUCGCGAUGUCUGCAUCUACCUUAUCCAGCGAGUUCAUUCGAGGAAAGUCUGCCUCUCCACUCCAUAUCCUGGACUUUAGACCUGGAUUACAAAGGUUUGAGAAAAUUCCGAAGAGAACCUCAAAAAUUCCUUUGCUGUCCUGCAUAACGUUCAACGAUUAUUAGUCGCCCAAUGAUUCUCUAGGCGAUUGUUACUUUCGAAAGCUUUCGAAUUGGCCUUUUGGGUGACAAGAUUAAGCUCUUUAAAAUGGCCAAUGAUAUUGCCCAGUCAAUUACUCAUUUCAAAUUUGGUUCCAUAGAAACAACAUGAAAACUGUC